AUGGCGGCCCUUCGGGAGGACGACGAUUUGUUCACCAGGGCCAUAUCGGGCUACCGCAAAGCAUUUUUGCUUCGUCAUAACCACCUCCCUGAAUCUGACCGCAAUCAGCUCUGGAUUCAACGGCUUAAUCAAUUCAUGCCGGCCUGCAACAACAACAACGACGGCGACGACGACGCCACGCAGGAUACAACCCAGCCCACUACUUUGCCAGCGGGUGCCGAUACCCCUCUAUAUAAAGAUGUUCGCAGGCAUUCCGAGACAGAAAGCCCGGCCAAUCUAUACAACGACAAUGUGUUUCGCAGCCAGCGUCGCAGUACAUCAAGGGCAGGAUCACAAGCCUCUAUGGGUUCAAGGGCGUCACAAAAAUCGAGGUUCUCGACAGGAUCUCAAGUAUCGGAUGAGUCGAUGGAGCAGGGCCAGUCCGUUUUCCACGCAAUGGACGAUUUGAUCGAGGAGCACCUAAAGGCGAUAUUCCCAUGGCCGCGAUUGAUGACCUGUAGCGAAAAAUCCUAUAGGACUGCCGUCAAUCGUCUUCUAAUCAAGAUCCAUGAUGGUUAUGCGCUGUUGGACAAGACCUCGGACAUGACAAAAAAUGAACGCGAUAAAGCCCUUAUUUCGUUAUACGACGAGAUGAAGCUUGCCUUCAAUGACCUUCUGUCACAUUCCUUAAGUUCGAAGGUUCUAGAUGAAGUUUACAUCCAGUUUACUGCGCAAAUAUCAGAUUUUGCCCACAGAUUGGAUCGAUGUAUGGGUCUGAGCCCCGACGGAGAAGGUAGUAGACCUGUUGACGCCCAGGGUCAGCGCAGAGUCUUGCCAUCGUUGCUGGCGCGUGGUAAGCGCAAGUACAGAUGUGUCACAGCCAACAUAAAGAAUACGCUAUCUCCCAGAGCCUCCGUGCAACGGCCUAUGUUGUACUGCCACCUGUGCAACGACCAGGCCGAAGGCUUUCACGGGGAGCAUGAGCUGCGCCGGCACAUCGACCGCGUGCACGCGCAGGUGCGCAAAGUCUGGGUCUGCGUGGACAUCUCACCGGACAAGACGUUCCUCGCCAACUGCAAGGCCUGCCGGAACGGCAAGCGAUAUGGCGCGAACUAUAAUGCCGCAGCGCACCUGCGGCGUGCACACUUUCAGCCGUGUCAGCGUGGACGCGGGGGCCGUGGCAAGGAUAGUGAGAAACGCGGCGGGAAGGGCGGCGGCAACCACCCGCCGAUGGAGGUACUGAAGCAUUGGAUGCAGGAGACGAUCGAGCGGGCUGACGAGCAUUCGGUCGAGACCUUUGGAGCUGACGGUGUUGAGGAGUGUGCUGGGAGUCUGCCGUGCGGACUGUAA